GGUAGAACAACCUCGCGCGGGCCUGACGAGCUUGCGCUCACCGCAUCCGACCACGCAUUCACACGCCCACACCGCAGGUCUCCAGCGCGAAAUUUACAAAGAGAUCAAAGCAUGCCCGCUGCUCGCGUCUUGCCUCCGAGUACUGUGCGAUGAGACUUCGCCAUAUUUCCAAGAAGGCGCGCAACACAGAAUGUCGGUCCACACCGUAGACCAGCUGGUCAAGGGCGCUCCGUCUCCGAACACAAGCAUCGACCUAGUCAAGAAGGAAGGUGGAGGUGACUCUGCGCGAGCCUCACCCCAGCCUGCGGACCCGACUGCUCUGCUUCCGUCGUCUCCGCCGCAGAUCUACCUGAACCUGCUCAUACUGGAAGCCUCACUUCGGCAGCAGUAUCUCACACUACGCGCGAGGAAGCGACAGCACACCUUGGUUGUUGUCGGGCUUGUCCUCUGGAUAGCUGGCUGCUUCUAUCUACAGUUCUUGCGGCCCAGGGAAGAUGGGAGUGGAAUCGGCGGCUCGGUGUACUGGCUCGUGGACAUGGCAGAGAAAGUGGCGUUGAUAGGCGGCUGUGUCAUGGCGGUCCUGUUCUGGGCUACCGGACAGUGGGAGAGGGGCAUGCGGUGGCCGCGCAAGUGGCUAGGAACAACAAACCGAGGGCUGCGGACCAUGAACUGCAAGAUCGUGAUCAUCAAAGGGCCAUGGUGGAAGGAGCUGCUUUCGCAUCUGUCCUUUCUGCUACCCAUGCAGCCGAGCACCCCAGGCUCAAGCUACCACUACGUCGAAUGUUCACCACACGAUAAGCGUUCUGCACAGUCAGGCCGACGAUCGCAGGACUGGACAGAAGAAGAUGUCGCCGAAGGCGGAGACUAUGUCAAGCUUCUGCUCUUACCGAAACAGUUCACGCCAGACUUCCGCGAGAACUGGGAGAUUUAUCGUGCAGAAUACUGGGAGCAGGAGAAUCAGCGAAGAAAGGAGAUACGAAACCGUAUCCGAGCCCGCAACCGGGAGAUCGCGAAGCAGCAAGGUGGAUGGUUGUGGUGGACUGGCUGGAGGGGAUGGUCGAAUAUGUGGGGAGGGGGGCCAAAGCCGGGGCCGUCGCAGAGGGAGAUGACACCGCCUCACCAUGUCCAUAGUCUUGUACACCAAGCAAGUCUUAAAGACAAACACCGGCGACGGUCAAGUGCGGUUAAGGACAGAGAUGCAAGUCACUCCCGCAGCAGCUCGCGCAGUAGUGUUAUGACCAACCCCGACACCGAGCUAAGAGAACGGCGUUGGAGCACUGCAUCCACAGGCAGCACAGGCGAACGAAGGAGAAGGAGCAAACUUAUCGAAGGCGCAGAUGGCCUGAACAGUGCAAGGACAAGUGCAAGACCGGCGAGACUAACACCUGCAUCGUCGAGGCCGUCCUCAGGAUCGCGUCCAGGGACGCCUAACCAUGAUCUCAAUAAACGGGCCAGUACACUGAGCACAAGCAGCACAAUUAGUGACGUGAGCACGGAUGCUCCAUCGACCGGAACGGUACCCGAUCCUGCUAUUAAAGCUGAACCUGCUGAUUGAUAGCGAAAUUGAAGACAGAUUAAAAUCAAUCCGAGUUCGUAUUCCUUCAUCUCUACGCGUUUGCUCUGUUGAGCGGCGAACCAAACCUUGGCUACUCUCUUGCAUUACCUACCUUCCAGAUGAGUUCAUGCCGUUCAAGAAAAAUGAUAAGUCCAAAUGCAAGGGAUCUUUAAUGUCUUCCAAAGCUCCCGAGAACGGCUCACUCUCAUUAACCCCAACUCCAAGGAUGAUUUGAGUAGCGCGAACCAACGCAGUAGAUCAAUAUUGAUCCCGCAACCAUAGCUUGAAAGCCGGUACUCCAUGAUCGUGGUGCACAGAUGUGUAAGCUGUUAGUCCACGGGAAUAUACUAUGGCCAGUCGCCUCCGUCAAUUAUUGCUGGCUUUUCCAUUUCCAGCAGCGGGCGCAGCACGUAAAGUUGCCAUUAAUAACAGUAAACUACCUGCACGGGAGUGCUCAAGGUUGGAGGUGGGUACAUGAAAGUCUUACCUGGUAGAUGGAAUCUUUCGCUUGACGAAUUACACAGUAAAGAUUGGCGUCAGCCAGUUCAGUCGAAGAGAACGAAUCCUGGCGACUUUAAUCAAGUCUACUUUCCAUUACCAUCCUUCUUAGCGAAAGGAUCGUGAGACCACGCACGUGAGACCUGAUCCAGGCUCUCAGCCACAAGUCAUUCUUGACGUCCUACAAGCUCGCCGCACUCUUUAAAUUUUUCCGAUAGCAACAAUUUUAUUGGUACUAACGACCACGAAUUUACCAUGAAUAACUGCACAGGAUCAUAGCCAAAGUCAUAGGAUUCUCAGUUCGUGAGACUUGUGAGGCGUCAAGAAAAACUGCGGAAAUGGCCUGAGGCGAUACAUUAGUUCAGUGACGAUGUCUUAAUUUGGAUUAGAUCUGCAUGCCUCAGCUGUACUCAGAAGACGGUUUGCAUGGGAUCGCUUCAACUCAUAGUCUUAGCAAUAUGAACAUCAUGUUCGACGCAGGAGUUUGCUAUGCCCUGAGAAUGGACGGACGAUCGCUCGUAUCCCGCGAUAUAGGACGCUCAUUGGUGAGACAUUUCUUCUCAAGACAGUAACAGAUUGAAACGAUUCAUGGCUCAUUGAAAUUUUCAGCAAUGACUCGUAAGAUCAAGAUUGUGCAGAUCGUAGAUGUGACAAGUAUGCACAGGUUGCAGCCAGUCUUGUCGUUAUCAUGUCAUUGCGUAAUAGAGCAAGAUAUCAGUAUUGCUGACACUACCUUAGGAAGACUUGAAGCAGCCUUUCGCGAGAAACACAAAUACAUUCUUCAUGUGAGCGCAAGCGGACACUUUUCAGCCAUGAAAAGGGAGUCUGCUCACUUUUGAGGAAUACAGGCGCUCACUUUAACCUGGAAAACGGGUCUGUCAAUGCGAGAGCACGUUUUUCCUUUCGAAAAAUUAAGAUGAGCGGACUACAGCUGCAUAGAUUCUGCACGCGCGUCUCUGGGCGCCUCUUUGAGCCACGAAAGUUACG